AUGACGUGCGACGCGGAGUGGAGCGGCGCGGACGGCGGCGCGGCCGUCGUGCUGCGCUGCGUGUUCGCGCUGCUGGCGCCGCGCGAGCUGUGGCGCUGCGGCGCCGUGUGCCGCGCGUGGCGCCGCGCCGCGCUCGACGACGCGCUGUGGCGCCGCGCGCUGCGCCCGCGCGCCGCGCCGCGCACGCUGCGCGCCCUCGCCGACGCCACCCGCGAGAGCCCGGAGUGGUCGUGGCGCGAGGAGUACCGACUGUCGCGGCGGCGCUGGACCCAGCGCGCGCGGCUGGCGGCGCGCGGCGCGGGCGCGGCGCUACGCUGCGCGGCGCUCAGCGCGCGCGGCGACUGUGUGGCGCUCGUCGACGAGGACGCGCAGCUCACGAUUUAUGAGACGACUCGUCCGGACGGCGGCGGCGCGGAGUGGAGCGAGCGCUGGAGCGGCGCGCCGAGCGCGGAGUGGCGCGACGUGGCGCAGGCGCAGUGGGCGCCGCGCCGACGCGCGCUGCUGCUGGCCGCGCCGCUCGCGCUCGUCGACCGCCACGAGAUCCUGCUCCUCGGGUUCGAUGAGGCGUGGCGCGCGCGCGUGCUGUGCCGCGGCGGCGGCGCGCGCGCGUGCUGGCUGGGCGACGCGGCCUUCCUGUCGCUGCAGCUGCACCUGCUGGCGCCCGCCACCGCCGCCACCACGGUGUGGCUCAACUCCGCCGACCAGGAGACGCAGUCGGAGCACGCGGGCGUGACGGCGCCGCUGCUGCGCGUGUACAAUGAAGCCGCCGCACAUAUAUCUCACAUCCUCGUGGCAGACGCGCCCGACGACGGAGAAGACGAGCUGCCGGAGGAAGAGGACGAGGACGAGGACGAGUCGUGGACGAGUCGGCGCGAGCCGGGAGCGGCGUACUGCCGCGCGCUGCGCCCGCGGGCGCUGCGUGUGGGCGACGACCGCGGGCGGCGCGUGCUGCGCGUCGCUGCCGGCGCUGCGGCCGCUGCUGCGCCUGGCGCCGCCGCCCGCGCCGCGCGCCGCGCUGCCGCCGCACUACGUCACUCCCGCCGUCGACGACGACUACUUUAUAACCCCCCCGGGGAGCGGGGCGACGCGCGCGUGCCUGUGGACGGCGCGCGCUGCGCUGCCCGCGCCCGCACUGCACGCCGCCGCGCCCGCGCACGCCGCGCUGCUGCUGCCGCGCCCGCCGCGCGCGCCGCACGCGCCGCACGCGCCGCACGCGCCGCACGCACUGCUGCUGCUCACCACCAACGAGCUGCAAGUGUGGCAAGCUUCUGA